AUGGAGGAUGUGAUGAUGACCAACCAUGCUGUCAGCUUCCUGGACAUCCCCAGUGAUGACCAAAUGACUCUGGAUGAGGGUGCACCCUCUGUUCCUGCACAGGGAACAAUGUUCCCUGAGUUCAAUGGGACAGAAUGGCCCCAUCAUGUGCUUAGUCUGGGCGAAGGCUCAGAUGGUAAGAAUAAAAUCCUCUUCAUGAGGAUCAACAACAAUCUCUAUGCCUAUGAGGGCAAAAAGAUUGACAGCAUGAAGUGCAACCUCAGGUUGUGCAUCAUCCCACUGGUCCCAGUGGGCAAGAGACCAUAUGGCUGGGCCAUACAAUUUGAAGGAGGCAUCCUGUGGCCCAUUGCCCUCUUCAACACCAUAGAUGAUAUCCACCAGCUCUAUGUGAGAGCAUUAAAGGAGCCAGAAGAUAAGGCUCCCUGUGUCUGA